CCAUUCUUCCCUGGGAAGGAAGGCCACAGAGGCUGGAGGAGGAGGAGGAGGGCCCUUGCUCGUCCGGAGGCCUUCCUUCCUUCCUUCCUUCCGCCGCAGCCACCCUCAUGGAAGCGCCCCUGCGCCCGGCCUGAGCUUGGCAGAGGAGGCGAGGGCGGCGGGGGCCGUGAGGCCAAGCUUCCACAGCAUGGUUGAGUAUGUUGUGGAGUAUGACUAUGAUGCAGUACAUGAUGAUGAGUUGACCAUUCGCGUUGGUGAAAUCAUAAGGAAUGUCAAAAAGCUAGAAGAGGAAGGAUGGCUAGAAGGAGAACUAAAUGGGAGAAGAGGCUUGUUCCCUGACAAUUUUGUUAAGGAAGUUCAGAGAGAGACGGAAUCUAAAGAUGACAUUUUGCCAAUCAAGAGGGAAAGGCAUGGAAAUGUAGCCAACCUUGUUCAGCGUAUGAGCACUUAUGGUCUUCCAGCAGGAGCAUUCCAGCCUCAUUCCCAGGGCAAAAGCUUCAGGAGGAGAUCAAAAAAACGGCAAUGUAAAGUUCUGUUUGAGUAUAUUCCUCAGAAUGAGGAUGAGUUAGAGCUGAAGCUCGGAGACAUUAUAGACAUUCAUGAAGAGGUAGAAGAAGGCUGGUGGAGUGGAACACUAAAUGGCAAAUCAGGCCUUUUUCCUUCUAACUUUGUAAAAGAGUUAGAAAUAAUAGAUGAUGGAGAAACACAAGACAGCCUGGAUGAUGCAGAAUCUGUUUUUGCUGGUCCUCCUCUACCUCUGACUUCAUCAGGAAAUGGCAGUGAACCUGUACCUGCACCAAUAGCACAACCAAAGAAAAUCAGAGGAGUGGGAUUUGGUGAUAUUUUCAAAGAUGGUUCAGUGAAACUUAAAACAAGAUUGUCCAGUAAUGAUUCAGAAGAGAAGAAGCAAGAUAAGCCAUUAUCUACUCAUUCAUCUGGAUCAAAAAUAACACAGUUUCCCAGUAUUAUGAAAUCUGAAGUGACAACAGAGGUUGCAAAAGCCGAAACUGAAGACAAACAGAAAGCUAAGGAAUAUUGCAAAGCCUUGUAUUCCUAUGAAGGUACCAAUGAGGAUGAACUUAGUUUUAAGGAAGGUGAUAUUAUCCAGCUAAUAAGUAAGGAUACUGGAGAAUCAGGAUGGUGGAAAGGCGAGCUUAAUGGCAAAGAAGGAGUUUUUCCAGACAACUUUGCCCUUCAGAUUAAUGAACUGGAUAAAGAUCUCCCUAAGCCAAAGAAACCAGCACCUCCAGCAAAAUGUCCAGGUUCAAAGCCAGAACCUCCAUCUGGAGAGAAAAAGUUACCUCUUCUUAAGAAUGAAGAAAAAGAUGAAAAAGCUGCUUUGGAUCAGAAAGGAUCUAAACCAGUAGCUCCUCAAGUACCUCCCAAAAAGCCUGUCCCUCCAAACAAAGCCAAUAGCAUUUUAAGAUCUGGGAUUCUGCAUCCAAAAUUGGCAGAUAAACCAGUCUCACUGCCACAAGUAUCAAAGACAAAUGGGGAAGUUGUUUCCUGGCGACCAAAAUCUGAAAUUGAACCAACAGCAAAAUCUAAGUUAGACUGUGAGCAGUUACCAUUGAGACCCAAAUCACUAGAGGUAGACUCAGUUGUGAUAAAGAAUUUGAAAGAAACAGACCUUUUAAGUUUUGAUGAUAUAAUAUCUACCUCAGAAAACUUGUCACAUCCUACAGCAAGUAGGCCAAAGAUGCCUGGUAGGAGGCUUCCUGCUCGUUUCAAUGGCGAUAACUCUUCUGUUCAGAUAUUAAACACAGAGAAAACUGUGAAGGUGCAUAAAGAAGAGGAUGAAAGUGCCAAACUAAAGCCAUCUGAAGGUAGAAAGUCAUUUGUAUUUACUCCACCACUUCUGUCUUCAUUACCAAGACCAAAUUCUGUUUCUGGAGAAAUGAAACUUAAACAAGAAACAGAUGAAAGUGGAAAGCCUUCUCUGGAAGAGCUCAAAUCUCAGAUAUUUGAUCUCCUAACUAUUGUAGAAACAUUGAAAAAAGAACAUGGGAAAGAACUGGAAAAAUUGAAAAGAGAAUUGGAGGAAGAGAAGAAGAUGCGUAGUAACCUAGAGGUGGAAAUUGAAAAACUCAAGAAAGCAGUCCUAACAACCUGAAAGAGCCAUAGAGUGUGGAUCUUUAUUGUGCCAGGAUUUCAGAGUUAAAAAAAAUGAAUGAACUUGUCUUUUUACUUUAAACCAACAAAUUGUUGCAUUCCAUUUUUAAAAAAGAGAAUAAGUGAAUCUUAUCUUCAGUGACUUAAAAGAAAAAAAAUACAUUAUUUUGUUUGUUUGUUUCUUGCCAAUACAGGAGAGGCCUUAUUUCUUACUGUGCUGGAAUAGCAAACCAUUAUUUCCUUGGUUUGCUUGAAAUACUACUGAAUCUGUAUUUAAAAAAAGAGAGAAAAGGGGUUCUAAAUAGAUUUUUUUAUUGAAUAUCUAUAGUCUAAUUUUUAAGACACCUGUGCUAUAAGUAAGGCAAUAUAUCUUUGCAACGUAAUCUGUAAAAUAGUCUAUGGGGGGGGGGGAGAGGCACAUAGUAUAGACUUGUAAUCACUAUAGUCACUACUUUUCCCACCACACUAAAGGGAAUAUGAUUUUUCUCUAUUUUUUUUUAACAUUUGCAUUCCUAUCCAGGAUUACACGGUUGUGCCUGACAGCAGUGAGGGUAUUAAUAAUAUACUAUUUUGUAGUUCAGGAUGGUCACGGGAAUUUAUUGUCUCUAUGAAGCAGAUGAAUCACCAGUCCCAAGCCUUACAAUGUAUAGAUACUUCCUCAAGAAGAGGAUAUUGUCAUUUGCACUGUAGGAUUCAUAAAAGGGAUUUAUGUUUGGAUCACAGAAUAUCAAAGCAGCAUAAUUAAAGCCAUAAAAAAUCUGGACAGAAGAUUUGAACUAACCUUGUACCCAAAUAUGACAAAGCUUAGCAUGUUAAAUAUACUGUAGAUCAGGGAUUCUUAACCUUUGAUCCUCUAGCUAUUUUGUACUUUUAAGUCUCAGAAGAUCUCUGCCAGCUUGGGAAAUGAUGAUGAAUUCUGGAAAUGAAUCUUCAAAACCUCUGGAGGACCAAGAUUGAGAAUCACUACUGUAGAUGUUAAAUUUCUGUGCUUUCACAAUUUUUAAUUCAACACUACAGUAUCUUGCAGCUUUCAAUAUUUAGUGCUAAUUAUGGCGGUAUCCAUUGCGCCGGCCUGGAUACGUGC